GAACGGGCAUCUGAGUAGAAGCACCGACGUUCCGUACGCUAGCUGGAUGGCUUCAUCACAUGAAAGAGUCCCUGUCGGAAUUCGAACCAACAGCGGUGAGGGGCAGGAGGUUUGAAAUCAACGACCUUAACCAUUCGGCCACGGACGCCCCUAUUCUUUUGAAGAUAAGGGUGUAGCUCUAUAUUUGACAAUCACAUAUCAUCCUGAUCAGAAAAAUGGAAAUUAAAACAAAUGAGAUGAAACCAGCGAAGAGCUGUGAUGUGACAAGAGGGCAUGAACACUACCUCAGUCAUAUAUUGUUAUUGGAACAAGCUUCGCCCAUCGCAUUGAAGGCCAUUAUAAAAAGAGAAGAAAACAAAUGUGGAAAAGAUAUUGGUAUUUUGCUAAAUGAGAAUAGAGAUACGUUUAAAACCCAGUACGAAACAGAGUUUCUUCAAUUAUUUCAAGGAGAUGUUGUCAAUGACGACAUUGAUACGUGGGACACUCUUCAAUUGUGUGCUGUAACAUUAGCUUUGUUUAAAUCUGAUCUAACUGAACCAGAAGUUAAAGCCAUUCAAUGUAUAUAUGAUCACAGAAAAGAUAUUGAACAUUACGUAGAACGUGCCUCCCUAACAUACAAUACCUACAAGGAGAAACAACAUUUAUUGCACGAACAAUUACUCGAGUUGAUAACGCUCAUAGACGACCAAGCUAAUCUUGAUUGUAAACGUAUGGUGUUUUCAUUUGAAUCAAAAUCAAUGCAAUUUAGCGAACCACAAAUAGACAAACUUACACGGACAAAUGAUAUUAAAACUCAUCUUAAAAUUGCAAUCGAUGUAGUUGUAGUAACAGAGAAUGAUAUUACUGGCGAAGAGAACGAUCUAGAUCUUCAGACAACUGAAACUUCAGGACAAAUGUUCACUGAAGAACUUCAGAACACAAAUGUGUACAUCAAUGAUUCAGCUAUUUUGGCAUGUAAACUCAGCAUUCCAACAGAUGAAAAUGUUGAGUGGAGGAAAAAUAGCAAGCCGGUAAAAGUUUCAAACAAUUUAGUGGUCGUGAGCAACAACGAAAAUCACUGGUUAGCGAUUUUUCGUGCAUCAUUGGAAGAUACGGGUCAAUAUACUUGUGUAUGCGGCAAUAUUUCAACAUCAGCUGAUCUUAUUGUUGUAGAUGAAGCAUUGGGUGUGGUCAUUGAUUUGCCUGUCAAAAUUGAGGCUAUUGAGAAUGGAAACAUUAAUAUUACGUGGAAGGUGAACCGGCUAACGAGAAAACCAGAUUGGCGUCACAAAGGGGAACUUCUACAAUCAUCUGGUAGAAAGGUUAUACUAUCCAAGGGUACUACACACGAAUUGAUGAUCACAAAUGUAUCAUUACACGACGAGGGUGAAUAUACAGUUAACUUUGAGAAUGUAUCAUCUAAAACAACAGUUCAAGUACAAGGGGAAACUGAUCUUAUUCACAGAAAACAAAUACAAGAAAAAUUGUACAGAAAUUGGGUGAGAGGAGCUCUGGCGUUAAAAUAUUUGAAAAUAGGCUUAGAGGGAUUUUCUGACAAGGCUGUUAUCGAACAGCAUAGGGAUCUUAUGAAAACAUUUGGAAACACCUGCAACACUUGUACAAUGGAAAGUCUUUUCCCACAUAAAAAAAAUCUAUGCCCACGCCAAAGAAAAUAUCAAUGUUUAUGUACCAAGAAUCACAACAAAUCAAGACAAAUGUGUCCAAAUGGGGGAUUUUGUGGCAACUUUUAUGAUGAAAUAGUAUGUAAACAUCGAUUUCAAAAUCCAUUAUUCAUGAACACGGAUGUCCAAAAUUGGAGCAGUGAUCCUUGGAGUGUUGCUACAUGCUUUAUAAAUACUACUGGCUACAAAGGCAAACAAUCAGCUAAAGACGUCGACUGCUCGGGUUUACUGAGUAUGUGCAUAAACAACAUUUAUAUAGAAAAUAUGCUUGGAAAAGAUAUAAUCGAUGGAGAAAAGGAUGCUUUUACAAAGGCACGGAAAUCACGGAAUGAUAUCCUUCACAAUCCAAACUAUGAAUUAUCUGAAAACGAACUAAACAUAUUUAUCAAAGGGUUCAAAGAAGUAUUAGAAAUCAAGGACAAACAUGGCAAUACACCUCUGAAAGGGGAGCCAAGCGUUGAAAAUGCAUUAUAUUUACUGGAUAAGUUGCAGCAAAACCAGAUUGAGAUAAACCUUGAACAUGAAAUAAAGCAACUGAGAGAACAUGGUAUGCUUACAUUAGAUGAGAAAUACAAAACAGCAAAAGAACAGCAUGAAUUGAAACUUCAACGGAUAGCGCAACAGAUUAAAGAUCAAGAAGAAGAGCUCGGCUUAAUGCUAAAUCUUAGAUAUUCAGGAAAGCAAAAUAAUCCUAAAGAGACAUUUUUGCUUGAACUACAAAUAAGCGUUAUUGCUAAAAGUGGUGAAAAAAGUCCUGACGGGAAUCGACGAGUUUAUGAAGUAAUGAAAGACUAUAUCAACAAUGAUGAUAGAUCAAGUGAUACACCAGUCUAUCACCUCCUGAAUUACAUCAAGGCCAUAAAGGAAUGCCAUAUCGUUGGUAUUUCUCCCACUUACCAAUCGUCAACCGACAUACAAAUCAAAUGUCUCAGUUCUGAGGCCAUGGAAAAUUUUCUCAAGUCUAUCAACUGCAACGCAUUUCAACAAGAACUGUUUAAGCUUAGACGAUGGCUACAUGUUCAAUAUGACAUUGAUUCGCAUGACAUAAUAGCUAAUUGCUCACAAAAUGGCCUAGAGAAAGCAAAACAACGUCUUCACUUUACUGACGUAACCAGAAUUAUGACUUGUACCGAGCAUCAAAAUACACAAUGUACUCUCUAUUGUCCUGACCAUGACAUGUUUUUUUGUACAGCAUGCAGGGAAUCAAGACAUGGCACAUGUCUUGGAAUAAAACAAGUUAUAUCUGAAAGGUCUUACGUUGAACAGAAACGUCGUCUCAACAUCAAAAGUAUAAAAGGAACUUAUAACGUUAGGAUAGAUAAUGCUUUGAUAAAUAGAGACAAAAAUGAUCAAGAUGAGUGUGGUAUCACUAGUAUGUGCAUGCUUCCUAAUAGUGAACUUCUCCUUGCUGACUUCGGGAAUAACAAACUGAAGAAAUUGAAUAGUUCGUACAAGGUAAUAAGCUACUGUGGUGUUCCUGAGGACCGGUAUCUCUAUUCUGUAUGUUAUAUAGGCAACGAUAUUGUUGUUGCUGUUUUAAGAGGAAAUUCCAUACAGUACGUUAAUGUGUCAAGUAAUGUAAGCCUUAGACAAUUAGUGAAGCUAGAUCAUGAUUGUCUCGGUCUAGCUUGUCAUGGUGACACACUCUAUAUUAACAGCGGAGACAAAAUUUACAAGUAUGACGAAAACUGUACACAACAACAAGUUCUCUAUCCUUAUCCGCACAAAGUCUCCAGUCCCUUCAUUGUUGUAAGUGACAAUGGUUAUCGACUAUACUUCAGUGCAGAUAAAGGUCUAACUACAAUAGAUUGUAAGGGAAAUCUUUUAUUCAGCGAACAAGUGGACGGUUAUAAAAUAUUUGAUAGUUGUAUUGCUGAUGAAGGUAUUGUUCUUGUAUUAGAUGCAGCAAACAAUGUGCAUCAGCUGGAUUAUAAUGGUAAAAAGCAUUGGACUGUAGAUAACAUGCCAUUAGAAAUGUUAGUUCCGUUUUCUAUGUGUUUCGACAGAGAAAGAUGUAGACUUAUUGUUGGUGGUUUUGAAGGCAUGAUAUAUGUUUACAAAUGCGAAUAUUUGCCAAGUUAGUUAAUAAAAUUGUUUUGGUGAACCUAGAACCAAAUGAAAAAUGCUUUGCUAAACUACUUUUGUUUAUCAAAUUAGUAAGUUUGUAAGUUGGCUUUUUUCUUCCUCGAGUCAUCGCUUAAUAUAAUGACGUCGCACUCAUUUAUCUUGAAUGUAUUUGUAAUUACAUGUAUAUAUUACAAACUUUUUCAUAAUAAGGGUUGAAUAGUUACAAGUUUGAAUCCUUAUCGAGAUAAUUAAACAACAUGUGAAUCUUGUUAAAGGACUAACGAAUGAAUUGAUAUUGAGAUUGAUUUAUCCCACAUAUUGUCAUUUCUACUAAGGCUUAAAACAAAAAUUUAAUUUACUUCCCCUUCCCUACCUACCCAACAAACCUUCCACUACCAGUAAAAAUAUUUUUUCAGGAUCUAAGGGGAUGAAAGUAUUUUUUUCCUUCAGAAUACAAUAGAUACAAUCUAAUCUGAUAUUUUAGACUGUGACACUAGCAAAGUUUAAUAAAUUUUUGCAUAUGUCAGUUGUGAAUAUGGUAAUGCAUGUAUAUAAUGUAUAAUAUUACAUUUAUAAAUUAAUUGUAAUAGUUCAUUAUACAUAAUUAUAUGCAUUUAUUUAUUAUUAUGCACAUAUAAAAAAUGUCCUACCUACCUACCUACCCAACCCUGAUUGUAAUGGGUCGGGAAGGGGAAACAAACAUAAUUUUAUUUUUGGCCUAACAGUCCCGCACGCCUACAUUAUCUUACUAUCUUAGAAAAAGAUUUAAGGAAAAAUAUAAAUAAUUAGUUUUAGUUCAUAUGAAAAAAGUCAUACCAAUUUAUCAACGAAAAAAAGACACAAAAUAGGCAUUCAUAAAUAAAGCAAACUUAUAACAUUUGACCUUGAAGAUCAAUGUCAUUUUUAUAAGAGAAGGUCAAGUUCAGUAUGGUCAACUUGACCGUCUUGCCAAAGUGCUGUUGU